AUGUCGACGGCCUUCUCCGACUUCGGUCCGCUCACGGAGCGGCGGCGCGUCGAGAGGCAGCGGCAGCAGCGUAGGCGCGUCAUGCUCGCCGCCGGCGCAGCGUCGGUCGUGCUUAUCCUCAUUGUCAUGGGCGGCGCCGCCGUCGCGUACAACGCUAGCACCCAGGACGACUCGUCCUCGUCGUCCCCUUCCCCGUCCGGCGGCGGCUCGGGUUCCGGGUCGAACCUUAUCAGCGCGUCCAAGAGCGUCAAGAUGAUAUGUGCGCAGACCGACUACAGGGACGCCUGCGAGAAGAGCCUGUCCAAGGCGGCCGCGAACGCCAGCGCGUCGUCGCCCAAGGACAUCGUCCGAGCCGCCGUGGCGGUGAUCGGAGACGCCCUCGGGAAUGCGUUCAACCGGUCGGAGGUGAUCAAGAGCAACGACCCGCGCGUGAAGGCCGCCGUCGCGGACUGCAAAGAGAUCUACCAGAACGCCAAGGAUGACCUUGGGCGCACGCUCCAUGGCAUCGACGUCGGCGGCAUGGACGGGGUCACCAAGCACAGCUACGAGCUCCGCGUCUUGCUCAGCGCUGUGAUCGCGCACAUGGAGACGUGCAUCGACGGUUUCCCCGAUGGGGACCUCAAGAAGCAGAUGACUGACACGAUGGAGUCCGGGAAGGAGCUGACCAGCAAUGCGCUGGCCAUCAUCGAGAAGGCCUCGUCGGUCCUGGUCGCGCUCCACAUCCCGGGGUUCACCCAUCGCAGGUUACUUGGCAACAACGAAGAAGAAAACAUGGAGAAUCAACUCAAAGUUAAUCACUCGGACACGUUCCGGGGGCGUGACGCCGCCGCCCCAGCGGCCGACCGGAGGCUGCUGAGCAUCGACGAAGAAGAAAACAUGGAGAAUGAACCCAAAGUAAAACACUCGGGUACGUUCCUGGGCAAGCUCAAAGACGACGCCACGGCGGCCGACAACCGGAGGCUUCUCAGCGUCGACGAAGAAGGAAACAUGGAGAAUGAACCCAAAGUCAAACACUCAGGUACGUUCCUGGGGGAGGGCAACGACGACGUCCCGGCGGCCGACGGCCGGAGGCUGCUCAGUAUUGAGGAAGACACCCCACAGUGGGUGAACGGACCGGAGAGGAGGCUGCUCAAGGGCAACUUCCAGGGCAAACUCAAGUCCAACGUGGUGGUGGCCAAGGACGGCAGCGGCAAGUUCAAGACCAUCAACGACGCGCUCAAUGCCAUGCCCAAGCAGUACACCGGAAGGUACCUGAUCUACGUGAAGCAAGGGGUGUACGAGGAGUACGUGACAAUCACCAGGGCGAUGGAGAACGUGACCAUGUACGGCGACGGCGCCAUGAAGACCGUCAUCACCGGCAGCAAGAACUUCGCCGACGGCCUCACCACCUACAAAACCGCAACCUUCAACGCGCAAGGCGACGGAUUCAUCGCCAUCGCGCUGGGGUUCCGCAACACGGCCGGCGCGGCCAAGCACCAGGCGGUGGCGCUGCUGGUGCAGUCGGACAGGUCCAUCUUCCUCAACUGCCGCAUGGACGCGUACCAGGACACGCUGUACGCGCACUCCAAGGCGCAGUUCUACCGCAACUGCGUCAUCUCCGGGACCAUCGACUUCGUCUUCGGCGACGCGGCGGCCGUGUUCCAGAACUGCGUCCUGCUCCUCCGCCGGCCGAUGGACAACCAGCAGAACAUCGCCACGGCGCAGGGCCGCGCGGACGGCCGCGAGAGCACGGGCUUCGUCUUCCAGUACUGCCGCUUCACCGCCGAGGCGGGGCUCAGGGACGCGUCCCGCCCGCCCAUCCGGAGCUACCUCGCCCGCCCCUGGCGCGAGUUCUCGCGCACGCUCAUCAUGGAGUGCGACAUCCCGGCGUUCAUCGACAAGGCCGGCUACCUGCCGUGGAACGGCGACUUCGGGCUCAAGACGCUGUGGUACGCCGAGUACGCCAACCGGGGGCCCGGCGCCGACACCGCCGGCCGCGUCGCCUGGCCCGGCUACAAGAAGGUGAUCAGCAAAGAGGAGGCCGACAAGUUCACCGUGCAGAACUUCUUGCACGCCGAGCCGUGGCUCAAGCCCACCGGGACGCCGGUGAAGUACGGCUUCUGGGCGUGA